AUGAUUGCAAUUAUAUUGAUAUACAGCUUUUUAAUUUCUGGAAUAUUUGCAGGCUUGGAUGAUUUUUGUCAGAGUUCUACUGCCUCUACAUCAGAUCAGACACCUUCCACUUCAGGUCAGCGUCAGUCACGCCCACCAACCGGUGCCAAGAAAAAUCGUUGCUUCACGAAAUACUUGCAUAUGGAAGGUCCCUGCCAUCCUGACGAGCUGGAAAGCUAUGAUUCAGCGGCUGCAAAUAUAAAAAAGUCAAACAAUAAACUACUUGGACUAAUAAAAAGUACCAAGCGAGGAAUGUCGAUGCUCAAACUCGAUCUGAUUCAACUUAAUUACGAACCAGACGUGCAGUUGGCAAGUCAAGGACAUACAAGAGUGAGUGCUCAGGCUAUGCUUGUGUAUAGGCUGAAAUCAGCCAAUAUGAUCUUGAAACUACUUGAUGAAAUAUAUAAAGAUCAGAUGUCUUCCAUGAUGAGCAUUCAGACUCGAUUGUUUACUCGUAAAUGUCCUGGAAUUCGAGAGAUACUUUUGAAGACAUCAAAGUACUUUAAAGACCCAAAAAUGAUUCCACUUCGACUUUCUGAGAUUUUCGGCGACCCUCAAGGUAGAUAUGUCAGCAUGUUCCCAAAAAUGGCCCAAGCUGUUGGGACAUCUGGAUCAAAUGAAGCUACUCAAACGACUGAACCAGAUCAAUCAACCGAAACUGAUAUGCAAGUGGAUUAA